CCUACCUCUUAAAACCUCUCUCCCUUUUUUCACUGUGACUUGUCGGUCUCUCCCUCUCUCUAUUUCUCUGCCUGAACGUUUCAAACUUCGCUAGUACCCAGAUACGUUUUCUUCCUCAAAUUCUUUGGUGGGGUCAGAUACGCCCAUCACCAUUGUCGUCCACCUUGGGACAAUGUGCUUAUGCGUUUCAUCCAACAAACCUCACACCAACCACACCUUCUCUUACUCCUAUAUAAACCUUGGGAUUGCCUCAAAGUUUUGAUCUUUAUUGAGUUUUAUGGUGAUGGCUGUGAAGGGUGGUGUUCCUAUCUGGGGUGAGGCUACAACACUGUUUUCUAAUCAGGGUGUUUCAGAUUUGAGGUCUAAUCUUUCUGGGUUGUGUUUGAAUUUGAGUUUGAGGAAAUGGGAAUGUUGCUGCUUGGGGGUUUCUUUGGCUCAGAGAGCUAUCACCCCAGUUGAGGAUGAGAAGCCAAUUUUGCCAGGGAUGGAAUCUGCUGGUGCAAUUCAGAGGGUUGAGGAUACUGACGCCAGGGGAUUUCACAAGGAUAUGAACCUUCUGCCUAAACCAUUGACAGCAUCUGAUAUUUCUCCUUCACCAAAUGAUGGUUCAAAAGUUAGAGUUGCUUAUCAGGGAUUACCAGGGGCAUAUAGUGAGGCUGCUGCCCUGAAAGCUUACCCGAAGUGUGAAACUGUUCCAUGUGACCAGUUUGAAGCUGCAUUCAAGGCCGUUGAACUGUGGUUAGUGGAUAAAGCAGUUCUUCCUAUUGAGAAUUCUGUUGCUGGAAGCAUUCACAGGAAUUAUGACUUGCUUCUUCGCCAUAGAUUGCACAUUGUGGGAGAGGUACAACUUCUAGUGAACCAUUGCCUCUUGGGAUUGCCUGGUGUAGAAAAAGAGGAACUAAAAUGUGUUCUAAGCCAUCCUCAGGCUCUUGCUCAAUGUGAGAUGACACUAAGCAGCUUAGGUAUCGUCCGAGUCAAUACCGACGACACUGCUCUCGCUGCGCAGAUGGUGGCCUCAACUGGCGUAAGAGAUACUGGUGCUGUUGCAAGUUCUCGAGCUGCAGAAAUCUAUGGCCUUCAGAUUCUGUCAGAUAAAAUUCAAGAUGAUGACGAUAAUAUUACUCGCUUUCUGAUACUUGCGAGAGAACCAAUAAUACCAGGAACUGAGAGGCAAUACAAGACAAGUGUCGUUUUCACUCUCGAAGAAGGUCCUGGUGUACUAUUUAAAGCCUUGGCAGUGUUUGCUCUGAGGGGCAUUAAUCUGACAAAGAUUGAAAGUCGCCCCCAGAAACAACGUCCAUUAAGGGUUGUUGAUGAUUCUAAUCAAGGAAGUGCCAAGUACUUUGAUUACCUCUUUUACAUUGACUUUGAAGCAUCUAUGGCAGAUCCGCGUGCCCAAUAUGCUUUGGGACAUUUGCAGGAAUUUGCAAGGUUUCUUCGUGUUCUUGGCUGCUAUCCGAUGGACAAAAUUCCAUAGAAGAAAUGCCAGACAUGCGUACAAUCUUCAAUGUUGUACAUAUAUUUAGCUGAACUAGAAAAGAUUUCGUGAGGCCAAGUGAGGAGCUUCCAAUGAGGAUA